ACAGACCUCCAAGGAGCUGAUCAAGACUCAGAUAGAGAUUCUUGUUUCUGAAAAUGGGUCAAAUCCGUUUGUUAUGGUUCUUCUUUCUUUGCUGGUUGGUUGUGGAGGCUUGGCUAAGGGUGUCUUAGGCCUGGCUUGCAACUGGGGAUUGCAAUCAACACACCCGCUGCCGCCUAACAUAGUGGUCAAGCUCCUGAAAGACAAUGGAUUCAAGAAAGUGAAGCUGUUUGAAGCUGAUCCCGGAGCACUAAAGGCCCUUGGAAGGUCUGGUAUCGAGGUUAUGGUUGGAAUACCAAAUGACAUGUUGGCAUCGCUUGCAAGUAGCGUCAGAAAUGCUGAGGCUUGGGUGCAACAAAAUGUUUCCAACUACAUAUCCAAGUACGGAACUGAUAUAAGGCACGUUGCUGUAGCCAAUGAACCUUUCCUUCAUACCUACAAAGAUAUGUUCGUUCAUACAACAUUUCCAGCCCUCCAAAAUAUUCAAGCAGCUAUUAUAAAAGCUGGGCUAGGCAAACAGGUGAAGGUAACCAUACCAUUGAAUGCAGAUGUCUACCAGACUGACAGCGGCCUACCCUCUGGCGGCAAUUUUCGACCUGAUAUCUAUGACCUGAUGAUUAACAUUAUCAAAUUCCUUCAAGACAACGGCGGUCCUCUCACCAUCAACAUCUACCCGUUUCUUAGUCUCCAAUCUGAUCCCAAUUUCCCUAAAGAAUAUGCCUUCUUCAACAACACUGCUAGCCCCCUUGUGGACGGUUCCAUCGUUUACACCAAUGUUUACGAUGCCAACUUUGACACCCUCAUUUCAGCACUCGAAAAGAACGGCUUCGGACAAAUGCCUGUCAUCAUUGGAGAAGUUGGCUGGCCAACUGAUGGUGACCCCAGUGCGAACGUAAACAACGCCCGCAGGUUCAACCAAGCCCUUCUCAACCGUAUAAUUCAAGGCCAAGGCAGCCCAAAACGCCGAACCCCUCCUGAGGUUUACGUGUUUUCACUCGUUGAUGAAGAUAACAAGAGCGUUCAGCCUGGAAACUUUGAGAGGCAUUGGGGUAUUUUCAAUUACGAUGGAAGCAUCAAAUAUCCACUGGAUAUGGGCAAUGGAAGACCUAUAGUCGCAGCCAAAGGCGUCAAGUAUCUGGCCAGGCAAUGGUGUGUAUUGUCCCCUUCAGCAAGCAUUUCAGACCCCAGUGUGGCACAAGGCAUUAGCUAUGCUUGUGAAUACGCUGAUUGCACAAGUCUUGGCUAUGGAUCCUCCUGUGGUAAUCUGGAUGUCAGAAACAAUGCUUCUUAUGCGUUCAAUAUGUAUUAUCAGACCAUGAAUCAAAGGAAAGAUUCAUGCUCUUUUAAUAACUUAUCUGUCGUUACCACCGUGGAUCCAUCUCAAGCACCUUGUCGUUUCGAGAUCAUGAUCGACAUUGGGAAACAUGAAUUGGCUCCCUCCCAUAACAAAUCUUCGGCAGCAAGAAUCCCAAGCCUCAUUUCGGCUCUGAUGCUGGUGUUGGCGCUUGUCAUUUGUGGUGUUUAUUGAUUUAGUUCGUCAUUGCCAUUCAACCAGGCACUGAUCAUUUCUUUGCUUAGCUGAGUUUAAAUUUUUCCUAGACCACAUGGAUUUAACUCAUUUUACACUGUAAAAUAACCAUUUAUUCUAUGAAAUUAUUGUUGAAAUUUGAU